UCACUUCUGGAUUUAUUUCUUGUUUGCGUGAAUUUCUUUCCCUUGGAAAAAAAGUCAGUGUGGUUACAGUGUCCAAUAGAAAGAGAGAGAGAGUCUACUGUCAUGUAUUCAGCGUGUGUGUGUGCAUUUGGGGGAGGGGGCUUGGCUCACUGGAAAACAAGGAUGUGAAAUUUGUAACGCGAGAAAAAGGAAGACGACCACCAUUCAAUAACCAAACUCGAAAGAUAAAUAUCUCAUUUUCCUUAUAUGCGACAUCGUUCGACUUGAAUGAAUCUUUUACACUGGAAUAAAAUAUUAAAUACGCACGACACCCCCUCCCUUCAACCAAAGGUCAAAGUUCACAGGAAGCUGGGGGCUGCCAUUUUUCCCCCUGCUAACAUGUUAGAUGCUAAAAAGGCGAGGAGUGGUGGUCGUCACUAAGCGUUUCUGUUUAUUCUCUCCCCGUCACGGGUGUUCGCUAUCCGUUUGCCUUCGUCUACCUCUUCCGUCGCAUGCGUUAGGCUCGGUUGUUGAAUGAAGACGGCAUGGAGAGGACCGAUCAGCCGUGGAGUUCCUCCUACACGUACCAGGUGAGCAAACACAGCGCCGAGAUGCUACACAACCUCAACACUCAGAGAAAAGAUGGUGGCAGGUUUUGCGAUGUUAUCUUACGCGUCGGAGAGGAAAGCUUCGCGGCCCACAAAGCGGUGUUGGCGGCGUGCAGCGAGUAUUUCGAGUCGGUGUUCAGCUGUCAGGCAGUGGACGGCGGCGAAGGCAAGGAGCUGGAGAUGCACACGAUUAGCCCGAAAGUUUUUCGAGACAUCCUGGACUUCGCGUACACCUCCAAGAUCGUGGUGCGCCUGGAGUGUUUUCCGGAGCUGAUGACAGCGGCGAAGUUUCUGUUAAUGCGAUCUGUCGUCGAGAUCUGUCAGGAGGUUAUUAAACAAUCCAACGUACAUAUCCUCGUGCCUCCUUCCCGGGGAGGCGAGCACAGCAUGUUUAGGAGCCCCGGGGCCGCGGAGCAGCUGUCACACCCCGUGGACAUGUCAAACGGGAGCGUGUCCAACGGCGCUGUGUUUACCAACAAUAAUGACAACGACGGUGCCGAUCCGACACGAGCAAAUAACAGCUCGCAGCCGGCGGUUCCAGAAGCGGCUGAUCGUUUACCAGUGUCUCCAUUAGAGUUUCCCAGGAACCACCUAAACUCCGAGGGAUCCCCGGGAUCGAAACGAGGCAGAGGAAGACCCAAAAAAGAGUCCGCGUCGGAGUCGAUCACAUACAACAGCACUGCUCAUAAUGAAAAUAAUCAUCUUUUCUCGUGUGGAGUUUGUGGCAAGGUCUUUCCCGACGAGGUCCAGUUAAGAAACCACGAAACGCAGCACGGGACGUUUUCCGGUGGCGUGAGCACCGGCGUGGACCUCGUCGCCGUGGACGGUCCGACGUUGAUCUCUCAAUCGCAAGCGAGGUUUCAGCAAAACGGGCUCCCGGCGGAUAACCGCAAGCGCGAGAGGACGAGACGGCACGUAGCGUGUGACCUGUGCGGAAAGGUUUUCCGGGACGUGUAUCACCUGAAUCGACACAAGCUGUCACAUUCGGGCGAAAAACCGUACGCUUGUCCGGUGUGCGGGCUGCGUUUCAAACGUAAGGAUAGGAUGUCUUACCACGUGCGAUCUCACGACGGGUCGGUGGGUAAACCGUAUGUGUGUCAAAGCUGCGGUAAAGGUUUCUCACGGCCAGACCAUCUGAAUGGACAUAUUAAACAGGUGCACACCACAGAGAGACCCCAUAAAUGUCAGAUUUGCAACGCAUCCUUUGCAACACGAGAUCGACUGAGAUCCCAUCUGGCGUGCCACGAAGAUAAGAUACCUUGUCAAGUGUGUGGGAAAUUCCUCCGGGCAGCCUACAUGACUGACCACUUGAAAAAACACAGUGAAGGACCUCACAACUAUUGUGGAAUAUGCAACAAAGGUUUUUCAACCGCCUCCUACUUAAAGGUGCACGUAAAAACGCACCACAGCUCGUCCGUGCUCCCUUCCUCUGCAGCUCAUCAGUUCCCUGAGCCGCGCACCAACAGACCGCUGAUGCACAACGGUGCCCCCUACCACUCAGGACGCCCGUGCUCAGUGGAAGACCUUUGCACCAGUCGCCGGCUCUUGGUUACGUUUCCCGAGACAGAGGGGUCAUUUCGGGGGAUAUCUGGGCCGGUUCUGCCCCAGCCUGUCCCUCCUGCUCUGAGCCUCCAGCCUGAGCUGCUCUUGGGCAAACCAGGUCCAACUCCUUAUUUCUGGGAGUGCCGCUCUUCUGGAGCACCAGGGUUUCCACUUCACGGGCCUCUUACAGACGGGCAGGAGAAUGCUGGGAAAUGCCCCCACCAGGACUCUGAUGGUUCAGACGCAGUUUUCGGCGACCUCCCCAACGGAACCGAUCUCAAGCCUGAACAAAAACCCGCAGGAGAAGACCUGGAAGUCAAGUCGUUCAUCUUCAACGGACAGUCUGACGACGCGGUGACAACUCCAGGAGGAUCCAAACUAAAAACGGACCCGGAAAAGAAGUUUGCUUGCGCCGAGUGUGGACAGACCUUCCGUACAAAGUCUUACCUCAACAAGCACCAUCAUCGGGUGCACAAGAAACGUGCAGCGGCCGGAUCCAAUCUUGGUAAUCUAGGCUCACCCUUUUCACCCCAACAGAACAUGUCACUUCUUGAAUCCUUUGGCUUUCAGAUCGUCCAGUCAGCCUUUGCUUCAUCUCUGGUGGACUCUGAGAUGGGCGGCAGUGGAAUAGAUUUAGGGGACAAAUGACCCCUUUAGGAGAGACUUUUGUUUUAACCCUGCGCUUACUGGACAACCAAACAUGUGAUAACUGCAAGUUUAGUCUGUUGUCUUAUACUUCUUGAUGCCAUUUGUAGACUUCUUUGUCUGCAUUUUCUAUUAUUAUUAUUGUAAUGUUUGUUAAUGUUUUGACCAUCAUGGAUGCCAUUUUUAUUCCAUGCUGGUAUGAAGCAGCUAAUCUACCCCCCUACUUUUGACAAAUUUCAUAGGUUAACCCUAAACUUGUUCAGAAUACCGUUUCAUACUCUCACAGUUAAAAUCCCAAACACGCAUGUGCAAAUUUGAGACCCACAUUUCUGAGGAUACUGUCUGCAUACCCGGCUCCAUAUACUGUACAGAAGCAACUAUAUGUAAACCCUCAAAACAUUGCUCUGUUUGUUUGAGCAUCCGACCACCACAACACAGCGAGAACCAAGAGGGAGAUUUUGUGUUGGAAUCUGUUUAUUCAGCCAAUGGAAGACAAGGGGGAGCAAUCCAUUAAAAAAAAAACGUUUUGAAUUUCCAUUUUUUGGCUAAAAUGAUCCACCUCGGAUUUUUCCAAGUAUUUAAAUCUUGAUUAUAAAUGUUUUUAAAACGUCAGUCCAAAUAGUGGCUGUUAAAUCAGUAAUGUGGUUUGUUUCUUGUUUUGAUGUUAUUGAUAGUUCUGAGUUGUUUCGGGUCACAAAAAGUGUCGUUUUAAUAAUGUCCAACAGGGACCAAUUUCAGGUUUCACUGUAAGAUAUAGCAAGAAGCAAAGAAUAUAUUUUAUUAACUUAUUGAUACUGGUGUCCGACUUUCCUUCACAAAAAGGUAUAUAUUGUUUUUUUGUUUGUUUAAAGCAGCGACAUGCUAUUUUCUUCUUGAAUCGUGCACCUGACUCAAGGACAGUGUGAGAGAUUCAGUGUGUACAUGAGAGCAAGGACGUGUGUGUGCGCGUGAAUAUAGAUGUGUGUGCGCUUAUGGUCUCUCCAAUGUCCUUUUAUCUCUAGAAUGUAAUAUAAACAGAGGGCUUUGUAAUCUUUUUUAAUAUAUCAGAGUUUUUUAAAAGGUUCAUUACAUUCCUUCUUAACUUAAAGUCUUGUCACUCAUAUAUGCAUUCAUAUAUAUAAAACAAAUUUGUAUAUCUAUGGCCAAUUAUGUUAUGGGGAUCCUUGUGUAUAUAUAUUUUUUGCUUCUGCCUGGUGAAUGAUUGGAGGAAUAUGAUUUGUUUAAAAAAAUGUUUUAAGUUGAUACAGAUAAAUCCAUAUUUCUGUUGUUUUUGAUGUAAUAUUAUGCAAGUAUUUGAGUGUGUGUUUUGUGUUCGGUGUUAACCCGUUCCCCUUACUCUAAAUGCGGUGUAAAUGCUGGUUACCUUUCUUUUUAUUUUACCCUUCAGGUUAAUAGCCUAUUGUACCGUAAACGUAUUCGCUAUGGCAGUUUGUACAAUGCAACAAGUGUUACAAGUGGUUGCUCAUGACGAUAGAUUACAUCAAUCUGUCAAUUACAUAAUGCAUAAGAAACAUGUUUUGUUUCAUUAAUAUUUGUGCUUGUUAGGCUUACGGUUGUUGUAUGUAGUAGGAUCAUUUCAUGCAGAAGUGAAAAACCUCUGCAGAUUCUUCCAGCUCCAUAGCACAAUUUGGCUUCAUCCCAUCAUUGUUUAUUUCAAAUCAUACAGAAAAUUAUUCUACAACAACUAUUGUCUGCUUCUUAGAAUAACCUGAUCUGAAUAUUCGCCACCCUUAUUUAUUUGCAAAUUUAUUUAGCACUCAAGUGAUUUUUAAUGUUAUGACUUGUCAAGUAGGUCAAGUUUGGUUUUACAUCACUGGAAAGUUUUUUUUCUUUUUAUAUAUCUUUAUGUGUAUUUGUAUAUCUGGAUGUUGCAAAGUGCCUUCCUUUUACUGAUUGUUGAACAGCGACGGGUUGGAAAUUCAGUCAUUUAAAGGACCUAUCUUAUAAUAACCAUGUGCAAACCCAGCUGCAUUGACACUUUUGUAUAAAGACAUGCACAUAGAAACGUGUACAUUUGUUUGUUUGGUAUUCUAUUUUAUGUUUUCAGACAAAAAAUGUUGUUUCUCUGUAAUUCGUGUCACAACCUUCAGCGGUUUUUGAACAUUUGGAUAUAAGCAUACUUUUCUAUUGAUGUUUGUUUUUGUACACUGUUUUUGUGUCUCUGUAUAUUUGGUACAGAGAUGGGUAUACAAUAAAAUUGUA